AUGCCGAAGAACAGUAAAGUGACGCAGAGGGCGCAAAGCCAUGAACAUGUGACUGAAUCUGUGGCGGAUCUGCUCGCUCAUGAAGAGCCACUGGACUAUAAGAACAGCUCUCUCAAUGUUUCUGGGACAGGGAGUAAUAAAGUCCCACAGAUACAGGUCCCAGACAAUGAGGAGCGCCCCGCCUGGAACAGCAAACUACAGUACAUUCUGGCCCAGGUGGGAUUUUCUGUAGGACUCGGUAAUGUAUGGCGCUUCCCCUACCUGUGUCAGAAAAAUGGAGGAGGAGCAUACCUGGUGCCGUACUUCAUCCUGCUCCUCAUUAUCGGGAUCCCACUGUUUUUCCUUGAGCUGGCUGUGGGACAAAAGAUCCGCAGAGGCAGCAUUGGUGUCUGGAACUAUGUUUGUCCUCGUCUGGGCGGGAUCGGGAUGUCCAGCCUGAUGGUAUGUGGAUUUGUGGGGCUCUACUAUAAUGUUAUCAUAGGUUGGAGCAUCUUCUACUUUUUCCAGUCAUUCCAGUAUCCUCUGCCUUGGAGUGACUGUCCAAUAAGGAGGAAUGGCACACUGGCCAUUGUGGAGCCGGAGUGUGAAAAAAGCUCUGCCACUACGUACUUCUGGUACCGUCAGACUCUGAACACCACAAGUACAAUUGCAGAGAGCGGAGGCCUCAACGUGAAAAUGACCCUGUCUCUGCUCGUAGCCUGGAUCAUCGUCUGCCUGGCUGUCAUUAAAGGGAUUGCUUCGUCAGGGAAGGUGAUGUACUUCAGCUCCCUCUUCCCUUACGUGGUCCUAUUCUGUUUCCUGGUCCGAGGGUUGAUGCUGAAAGGAUCUGUGGAUGGCAUCGCUCACAUGUUCACACCAAAGUUGGAAAAGAUGUUGGAGCCUCAGGUGUGGAGAGAGGCAGCCACGCAGGUGUUCUUUGCUCUGGGCUUGGGCUUUGGAGGCGUCAUAGCCUUCUCCAGUUACAACAAGAUCGACAAUAACUGCCACUUUGAUGCUGUGCUGGUCUCCUUCAUUAACUUCCUGACCUCCAUUUUGGCCACUCUUGUUGUGUUCGCUGUGCUGGGCUUCAAGGCUAACAUCAUGAAUGAGAAGUGUGUGGCAGAGAAUGCUGAUAAGAUCCUGGGAUACCUGAACUCAAACGUGCUGAGCCAUGACUUGAUCCCUCCUCAUGUGAACCUGUCGCACCUGUCUCGCACAGACUACAUGGACAUCUACAGUGUCAUCAGAACAGUGAAGGAGGACAGCUUUGGGACAAUGGGACUGGAGCCCUGUGUCCUGGAGGAUGAGCUCAACAAGGCCGUACAGGGGACAGGUUUGGCUUUCAUUGCCUUCACUGAAGCCAUGACACACUUUCCGGCCUCUCCGUUCUGGUCCGUCAUGUUCUUCUUCAUGCUCAUAAACCUAGGGCUGGGCAGUAUGAUAGGGACAAUGACCGGAAUCACCACUCCUAUCCUGGAUGCGUACAAGGUGCAAAAAGAGCUCCUCACAGUCGGUUGCUGCAUUGUGGCUUUCCUGUGCGGCCUACUCUUUGUUCAGCGCUCAGGGAAUUAUUUUGUCACCAUGUUUGAUGACUACUCCGCUGGUCUGCCCCUCACUGUUGUGGUCAUUCUGGAAAACCUCUCUGUGGCUUGGGUGUAUGGCACUAAAAGGUUCAUGCAGGACCUUGAGGACAUGUUGGGGUUUCGUCCGUGUAAGAUCUAUUUUUACCUGUGGAAGUACGUGUCUCCAUUCUGCCUCAUCAUCCUGAUCUCAGCCUCCAUCAUCGAAAUGACCAUCAGUCCCCCGGGAUACAACGCAUGGGUCCAGGAGCUGGCCCAGGAGCGUUUCCAGAGUUACCCUCCCUGGGCACUGGCCAUGUGUUUCGCCCUCAUCGUUUUGGCUAUGCUCCCUCUCCCCCUCGUUUUCAUCGCCCGCCACUUCAACCUCAUAUCGGACGGCUCCAAUAAGCUGUCCGUGUCCUACUGCAGGAACAUGAUGAAGGACAUGUCCAACCUAGAGGAGCAGGAUGAAGCCCGCUCCAUCCUCAGACCCAAACCUGGAUCUGUCCCUGCGCCCAAAAUCUAUCUGACCCCAGCCGGCAACAGCAGCGUAGACCCCAACGCACUGUCUCCUAGCAGUUGUUACGGGAUGGGCUACCAAAAUGCCGCCAUCAGUCCUACCACACCCACCACGCCCCCCUCACCUCUCACCCCAGAAUCAGACUCCUGAUACUUUUGUACAAUUGCACUCAGUUAUGUAGCAGUUGCCUUCAAUCUGCUGUAGGGGGCAGUGCGGUGUAGGGUUCUUG